CAAAACUCCUUGUUAGUGGAGUCGCGAGGCCGCCCUGUCAACCGAGCCGCUCACCUCCCCUCUUCCUUCCUUCCCUCCCUCCCUGCCUGCUAAACGGAUCGGCAACCAUUAAAAAGCACACACUGUUUUGUAUUCAAACAUCAGCUCGCCUUGUAUUUCUUUCUCGCCCAAAUCGCGUCGUAUAGACCUUAUCAUGGCGGCGAGUGCGAAGCGAAAGCAAGAGGAGAAACACUUGAAGAUGCUGAGGGAAAUGACGAGUUUGCCCGCUAACAGAAAGUGCUUUGACUGCGACCAGCGCGGCCCGACCUACGCCAACAUGACGGUGGGCUCCUUCGUGUGCACCUCCUGCUCCGGCAUCCUACGAGGACUGAAUCCACCCAACAGAGUCAAGUCUAUCUCCAUGACUACCUUCACACAACAAGAAAUAGAAUUUCUACAGAAAAACGGGAAUGAGGUAUGUAGACAGAUCUGGUUAGGCCUACAUGAUGGGAAAUCAUCAUCAGCACCAGAUUUCAGAGAACCACAGAAAGUCAAGGAGUUUCUUCAAGAAAAAUAUGAGAAGAAGAGAUGGUAUGUACCUCCUGAGCAGGCCAAGGGAGUAGCAUCUGUCCACGCGUCUAUCUCUGGCUCCUCAAACAGCAGCACCAGCAGCACACCUGAGGUUAGACCUCUUAAAUCCCUCCUGGGGGACUCUGCUCUGACCCUACAUCUCAGCAAGAACACGCCACCUAAUCAGUCUCCAGUGAUCAGCCGCGGACAAACCCAUCAACAGCAUGACAAGAAGUUUGACCUCCUCAGUGACCUGGGUGGAGACAUCUUUGCUGCCCCGCCAAAAAUGAGUGCAGGCGCCAGCUCAAGUUUUGCAAACUUUGCACAUUUCAACAACCACACAACGGCACAGAAUGCCAACACAAAUGCAGGCUUUGCUAAUUUUGAUGCAUUCGGGAGCACUCCUGGGUCAAUGUGUGGUUUCCCUUCAGCACCCCAAGCCCCAUUCGCAGCCUCAAGCACAGGUAGUGCCUCAGGGGGACUAGCAAAUGCCAGUUUUGCACAUUUUGACAACUUCCCCAAAUCAUGUAGUGCUGACUUUGGAUCCUUCAGUUCGUCCUCCCAGAGUAACUCCACAGGAGCGGGCAGGGACACUGUACAGAGUACUAGUGUCCCUGCCGAUAAAUACGCAGCUCUUGCUGACCUGGAUAACGUGUUUAGCUCUGGCAAAACAGAGCAAGGGGGCGCUAUUCCUGCUGGGGUGAGUUCAGUUUCUGGGGUGUCUCAAAACCAGCCAGCACCAGGAACAGGAGGGGACCGCUAUGCUGCUUUAGUUGAACUUGAUACAGUUUUUGGCCCCUCAGCCACCACCUCUAGUGUUUACAACAGCAGCAGCAGCACACAGGGGGUUUCAUUCAGCUCAGAGACUGGAGUAUCCACAACCCAAGCACAACACGUACUACCUGGUAUGGCUCAAACCUUUGGGGCAGCCCAGCCAAAUAAUCCCUUUGUAGCUGCUGGUGUUGCAGCCGGACCGACCAACCCAUUCCAGAACAACAGCAGAGCUGCAAGUGCGGCGGCGGCGGCGGCAGCAGCAGCAGCCUCCUUUGGGACAGCCUCCAUGAGUAUGCCUGCUGGAUUUGGAAACGCUUCAGGCUACAACCUCCCGACCAGCUUUAGUGGAACCUUUCAGCAGCCUUUUCCUGGCCAGCUGCCUUACUCGCAACCUACAGCGUACCCCCAGCAACUCAAUGGUGGAGGAUUUUCAGUCUUUGGCCAGAGCAAGCCAGUGGUAACUCCUUUUGGGCAGGUGAUGGCUGGACCAGUGGUCUCCAGUAACCCUUUUCUGGGUGCUGGUUCAGCGGCGCAAUAUCCAGCAGGGGGCGCUUCAUCGAAUCCCUUCUUAUAGCAUUCCAUCAUAUCAGCUCCUCUUCAGGGUCGACUGAUGGCGCUUGCAUCUAUUUCACUGUUUUGUUUCACAGGUAGCUUGAAAGCGCAAUGUUUGUAUAGAUUUGUUUUGCAAAUUGACCGUUCUGAGGUGGGAAAGUCAUGACACUGUAUGGUGACAAAAUAAUGUAAAUGUGAGUGCAGAGGGAGGGGUUGAUCCGCAUCAAACUGGCUCAAAGUAAGAGUUUGUUCGCAAGCAGUAGUCAAUCUUUAUGCUAAAAUUCUGUGAAUAUUGUUUCCCCCAGCAAAUCUACUCUUUGUGCAUAUCAGUAUUUGUACACAAGGUUUGUUAUAACAGAACUAUUUCUUGGCAAAGCCAAUGGGUUCUGCCAGUUGCUUUAUCUGCCAAGAGCCUAACAGUUUAUUUGAGCAACAAAAAAAAAAAAAAACUUUUCACUUAACCGGAUAAACAAUGCAUGUUCUCGUGACGAGAGAAAGAAUGCUACAAUGCUCUCUGCCAGGCCACGCCUGCACAAAACAGGCCUGGCGCACAAUGUCAUCCACAUCCAGACCGGAAUAAGCAUAUGAACUGACAACCACUUGCAUCGGGGAUAAAGACUAUUUUAAGUUAAGUUAAUAUGUAUAUAGAAAGUAUAUAUAUAUAUAUUAAAGAGUUUCAAGAAUUGACCAAAUCAUUCAUUUAUAUUGAUGUAUGAAAAUAUUUGUGCUGUUUAUAUAAAUAUAUAAAAAUUUCAUUUUUAA